GUUGCUUAUACCUAGGUACAUAGUAUUUAUCCGGUCAUCACACAUGAUCCACGACUACGUCUAAAGGAUUCGAAGGCAUGUCGCAUUUCACGAUCCGCUGGUGGGUUUCGUGUGAUUCGCCGACGUGUGAGCUGGGGUAAUCCUCGAACGUGGGGCUGAGUCAUGGUGGCAAAGCAGACUGUGAGGCUGCUGCCUUGGGAGACUUGGCAAGAACACAUUCCCUCAGCUUGGACAAUACCACUCACAAUUUGGGUCCGGUCAAUGUCGCACUCAUUUUCCCUCAUUUUCUGGCCUGGUGAACGACCAUGAUUGACCUCGAAGAAGUCGGCAACGAUGCGCCCGGCACCAACAAGCGGAUAGCACCUGCAUUUGAAGGUUACAAUUUCGAUGCAAGGUGGUGGACCGGGCCUAUCGACAAGAUAGAAAAACGCCUUGCACAAGUUCCAGACGAUACCGACGGUCUAGCGGUUCUCGUGACAACAGGAGCUUUCUGUCCAAUCCACAAAGGACAUGUACAAUUACUUGAAACAGCCAAACGAGAAUUGGAGUCGCGAGGCAUUACCGUAUUAGGCGGUUACAUCUGUCCAGACCACGACCAAUACGUUUCAUCAAAAAUUAUAUCAGGGUCGCUUUCUGCCGCCCAAAGAUUGGAGCUAUGCGAACUUGCCGUAGAAGAGAGCGAAUGGCUGAUGGUCGACCGAUGGGCAGCGAUUUACGCUUCGGGGUCCGUCGGGUUCACGACGAUUGUUGACCAUGUCGACAAAAUGAUCAAGCAGCAUGUCAGGACGACCAAGCCAAUCCAUAUAGUCUACACUUUCGGUGGGGAUAAUGCGAUGUUUGCUUGCUCAUUUGUAGCUAGGUGGUCAUGUAUUUGUGUGCUUCGGCCGGGCAGUCUAGCCUAUUUCAACGACACGAGUGCAUACAAUUCGCUUCGCAAGAACCCGAGGAUAAUAUUCAGUCGUAACACCACAGCUCCGCUGGAUUCGACAACUAUACGCAGAGGUGACUUGUCUGGUCUUUUGCCGAAGGUUAGGGACCGAUACCUAUACAUGCAACGAGCUGAACGCGAUACCGCCCUCAGGGGAGCAUCGAGUCUCUCCAACUCUAUUGAUACGUUGUAUGUCAGGAAUGAAGGAGUUUGGACGCUUAGUUCAUUGCUUCAAAAGUCUAAAUGUAGCCUUGAACAUCUACUCAAAGCAUAUGGGGCUUUCUGCGAAGAGCUGCGGCAAGUCUUCGAACUCGCUUCCGACCCUGGCGCUACGAUCCAAUCGAUAGACUUGAAAGAUCAACAAAGUAUACUGGAUAAGAAAGUCUCUAAGCAUGAAAAGAUCAUAAGUCUCGAUCCGUGCCUCUCUGGACUUCACGACAUGAGCUUGUGGCAUGUUUCUAAACCGUUGACGAAGGCAUCGACGGCGAUUGUCGCACCUCUAGAACAGACAUCGGCCGUAAAACACGUCCGUCAAGCUGAAGCUGGGGCGUACGUUGUACUAGCUGAGCAUUUUCCGGUAGACCCAGCUACGGAACGGCUGAUCACAGAACAGCUGCCCACCGGCUGCAGCGUUGUCAAAUAUAUGUCCCAUAUGGACCUGAUUACUUCUGGCAGCUGCUACAUGGCGAGUUUCAAAAGAAGGAAAAACGAGGCUACUAUCAAUGCUCGCGACUACCUUGCAGGAUCUCACGAGGGGGGAAUAGUGCUUCAGCUGGGUGACGAGCAACUAGUCCGAGCACCGAGCAUUAUACCUUAUGUCCGUCCUUCACAUCAGACUCAUGUCGAUGCAAUGGUGGAAAUGUGGUUCUCAAGGCAGGUAUGGGAUUUGAAUCUUCGAUUUUUCGAAGCUAUCGGAGGCGGCCUGACGGUGAAGGAUAUGGCAGUCGGUUUCCAAGCAUUAUGUGAAGCUCAAGGGUUUCCAGCGGAUAUGCCUGUAACCGAGUUGUGCGAUUGGCAUAUUAAAGCCUUCGAAGACAUGGACUAUGUCGGGAUCGAAGACGAUUGAGGAAGCCUGCUACUCGAGAACUCGUGAGCUGUGGGGAAGAUCAUGUAUGGCUAACUACGAAGGCGCG